CUUGUAAAGGUCUGUCGUCACAUGUGGGACGGACUGGCAGAGGUGUCAACAAGUUUUCCGCAACUUUGAUAACACUCAGUGUAGCAUGGACACUGUAGAGGAAAAUGGAAGGGACAGUCCAGUGUUAGAAGAACCAUUUGCACCGCUCUACAAAAUACGAGUCGCAGAUGCUGUGAAAAAUGGAGAGGCUGUCCAGUUCACCAUCAAAGUUCACAAGGUCAAGGAUGAUGAAGAUGGAUUUGUCGUACGUCAGUUCGAGGAUGUGGAGUGGCUUGAGCAUUGUCUUGUUACCCAGCAAGGCGUCAGUGGGCUAAUUUUUCCACCAUUGCCACCAAGACCUGAGCUUGAUGCUAGAAGUGCCGAGGCCAAGUCUAAAAAACAGUUAGGCAGUUCGACGAAGGUUAUUGUUGGAGAUGAAUUCCAGAAAGACUGUCGAAAUUUAGAAAAAUAUUUACGACUAUUAAUAUCACAUGAAGUAUUUGGCAAGGAAAGAGCCUUGGAAAAUUUUCUCACAUUAAAAGAAACUUAUGGAAACUUAAGGCGCCAAACAGAAUUAAGGUUAAGAAAGGAACUUAUGAGUAGGCUGUCAAAUGUAGUUGGCGAAGUAAGAAAAGGAGGUCAUCGGGACAUUGAUGAAAAGUUUCAGCAGGUGCGUGACUGGUCGUCUGAAUACUUAUCAGCAUUAAAAGAAGACUCUGCAAAUUUCAAAAAGACAGUAUUUGCUCAAAGAAGGUUAGCUGGGGCCUAUGGUCAUUUGGGAACAAGCUUGACAUCUACAAGUGUGUACAAGGAUGAAAGCUCCGAUAAAGUAGACAAGCUGAUGGGCUGUCUGGCUGAAGCCAUGAAUGAUGCCAAGCAUGGCUUGGAGGUUCUUAGUACCAAUGAUGAGAAGACUCUUGGCUUUCAGUUGGAGUUUUAUUGCCGUUAUAUGGAUUCUCUUAAGGAGAUGUUAUACCGAAGAACCUGCUUGCUUGUUCAAUAUGAAGAUGCAAAUAAAGCCUUAGAAAAAGCAAAGCCUCAAAAACGACAAGCGGCUGAAGAAGCUCAAGAAGCUGCACAGAAGGCUUAUAACAGUUGUACAGAUAUGGCCAGGCGAGAGUUGAAAACAUUUGAACAAGAACGACUGCGUGCCUUUCAACAUGGGUUGUCUGCCUAUGCGGAGUCUCAGGUGAAAACAGCCCGUGACACUUAUGCCCUCCUGGUUAAAUCUCUGGCCACUGUGAAGAAGAUGGACAUCUGAGUCCGCUGAUAAGAUCAUUAAAAAAUUGAUAAUUGAUAAAUCAUAAACUGUGAUGCCUCAUUGUGUACAUAUUACAGUCUGUGUGUAAAAGAAACUUUGUGUUAAAUUACACUUUCAGGCACAGGAAAGAUUGCCUGGCAAAGUGUUUAGCGUGAACAAGUGUUCUUCUUGUGACGGUAAAUUAAAGCAGAUUAUUUAUACAUAUACAAUGAGAAGGAUUUUCUUUUUGUAGCUGCAAGAAAUCACCUUUUUUUAUUUAAAUUGGAUAGAAAAAUUACAUUAUUUAAGAAUCAAACAAACUACUUUAUUUUAUAAUUGGUCAGGGAUGUAAGCAUUAAGUGGCAAAAAGAUUUGUGAAGUCACUUGGGCCAUUUGUACACACUAUCUAUAAAAAAGACUGACUCUAACCUGCAUGUACUCCUACACCUCUUUUUGCCAAAAUUUUUGUGAUUUUUGGCACAAAGUGUGAGCCUUUGUCAUGUGGCCUAUGGAAUAUUUUGUUCCACAGGGUGUAUAGUUGACCCUAGAUGCCAAAUGUACCUAAAUCACCAAUAAGGCCUAUUUAUGUAUCAUGAUUAGAUGAAAAAAGGACACAAUGUGCAACGAAGUUUACAAACUCGAUAAUGGCAUUCAGGAAGUGUGUUUGUGGGAAAAUCCAAGGUGUAAAACAUCCACAUUAUCAGAUGUCACAUAGAAGAUACCGAGGUGUGUAGAGCGGUGUUCUUAGGGUCAAAUACAUGUAUACAUGAAGGCAUACAUGAAUGAUAAUUGAGACACUAGACAACACAAGUUGUAACAAAAUGACUGGCCUGACUUUUUUAAAGAUCAUAUUCAGGACUAGGUUAUAUCUGCAGGUGGAUGCUGUAAUGGCGAUUAGUCUGUUUCUUAGAAAAUGUGACAAGUUUACUUUGUGUCUUCAUGAUCUAUACUGAUGAUGGUGAUACUUCAUGAUGAUUUACUGUACAUAUUUCUUCUUUUUGUUCAUUGAUUUUUGUCAUAUAUUUAACAUUUUGAAAGUACAUGCAAGUUAACCUGUAUUUUAAAGCGAGUUGAAUGAAAUCAAUAUCCUGUGGUUGUUUUCUUUGUGAUUUUCUGAAUUUUGUGAUACAGCAGCGUGACACUUUUGAAUGAGACUUAUGCAGCAACUGUGAUUGUCCUCAUAAUGACAUAGUGUUACAAACAGGGUUAUAUUCUAAUGAUUGUGUGUGGUAUUGUCUACACUUCAGUUAUGUGAAUUUUCAAACAAAAUAUUUUACGUUGUUAAUUUUAGUCUUCCAUGUUGGAGAUUGAUUGUAAGGUCAGGAACAUGAAAUUUAUAUGGGUGUCCACAUCUUUUGGUUUUUAUUGUUGCAUCGGUACCAGUAGGAAACAUAAGUGAAAUCUGUUUCUAGUCUGCAAGACAUGCUUCUAUCAUCAUUGUUACACAAGUGUGAUAUGUACAUUUAAAAGAAAACUUGAAAGAAAGCAACAGAUGUAUAUUAUAGCACAUACAUGUACGUUAUCAGUAUCCAUAUAUCAUAAUCAGUAUGUAUAUACUAAUAUACUAAUAAUAAUGUAUUCUACGCAAGAAGUACAGUGUAUAUGUUCUGCUUAUCUCCCAUUGGAUAAUGGGGGAGUAGAUGUAUAGGCUUACUUAUAUUCAUAUAUGUACACAUUAUUUACAUUAUGUUUUCUUUGAAACAGUGUAUAUAGUUUAUUUUUACAAAACUCAAUGGUUGCAAAUGUUCCCACUGGCAAGGUUAACAGUUAUUCUUAUAAAGUUUAUUCAAUUAUUAUGAAACUCAGUUGUAAAAAAUGUAAUGCUGGUAAUAAAAUUGCAUUAAAUCUGCUAGGUAGAGUUAUGCUGGUCACGAAUAUUAUUUAUCAAAGUUAAUUUUGUAGCCUUUGUUAAGGGGUAGUCCACUCACCACUGAGAAAAUCAUCUGCGAGAACCUUGACUUUGUUUCACAUAUUCUUCCCACAAAAUGCAAGGCCUGGAAAUGUAUGAAUGUAUGUUGUCCAGUACCAUGUUAUCUGACAGCCUGUUAUCUGACAGCGUUAAUUUUUAGAAUGGCCUGUUAUUUUAUGGGAUGUAUUUUGCAGCUUGUCGCCAAAUUUAUGAAUAAUUACAAGUAUUAAAACUAUACUAAAACUAGUCAUUUGUCAUUGACAGUAUUUGGACUGUUCAUGCUUGCAUUCACGGUAGGUAAUUAUUAUGGUUGAUGAAUUGAAGUAGAUGCAAUCCUUGUUUAACUAAUUUACUUUUACAUGUUACAUUUCUCAUUUUAAUUUACACUCUAUAUAUAGUUGUUUUGACUAGUACUUACAGUACAUUUGUUGAAGCAUAUAUUAUUUUACGAUAAUGUCUUAAGGAGAAAAACAGGACAAGAGAGGAAAGUGUUGCUUGUUGUGGACCUCAGAGACGACCAUCUCGGCUGUAACAAUGUAGAAUGACCCACUUCGCUCCUUAGUGAAUUAUGGAGCCUUUCUGCCUGCUUGUCAUCCAUAUCUGUCAUGCCAAGAAGGGCCGUACUAACUGGCAUGAUACAUAUUUGUGUCAAACUGUACACUCUAUAAACUAAUCUGAUGGUAGAAUACAUUGUGUUAAUACAACAUAAUACUGUUACACCAACAAAAGUAAGCUGUUGGAAUAAGUCGGUCAUAUAAAACAUAAUUAUUUGUAGCAAUAACACAAUCUAUUAUACCAUUACUCAGAAAACAUUGUAUUUUGUCAGUUGAACAGAUUAUCUUUAGAGUGUAUUACUUAAUAUAGACAAACUAAAACUGGUGAGCCUGUAGUAUAAUGUGAAAUUUGAGGUUGACCACAUGGCUCAUGAACUUUCAACAGGUUACCAAUCUCUCAAACUGUUCCAGAUCUCAACCAAAUCGUUAAUAAAACCACAAGCAGAGAGCACUCUAACUGGAACAGUGGUCUGUUUUAGUCCCAGGACUUUUCAGAAUGCUUGUCAUAAAUCCAGCGGGAUAGAAUCCUUAUUUAGCAGGGUUUAAAUCUAAAUAACUGUGUAAUACAAAAGCACUCCAAAUUAAAUUCAUUAACUAUAAUUUAGCCAUCCACACUAGUGUGUAGUUGCUGCAAAAGUUGGUGUAAAGCUGCUGUAUUUGACUAAAAGAAUCAUGAAAACAUUGUUUAUUUAAUGAGGCGGUUAUAGGACCUGUUUUCAUGUUUCCCCAAAAUGUCCCAGAGGUGUCCAUUGAAGUCUUAAUUUUUGUAGGUUUUAAGUGAGUAAAGCCAGAUUUCAAGGGCUAUAAAUAUGUUUAAGGGAAGCAGAUCUUCACAAUAAAUGGGAAGGCUUGGCUUUGCUUUUGUUUAGGGCCACUCAAUAAAAUUGUCUCCACAGUUUGAAAUCAGUUUUUUUUUCAUAGUGGAGAUUUUUUGUUUUUGAAAAACGCCAGUUAGAUAAAUAUAGAUGCAGCUUAUGUCAAAAGUUAGGUUUUCGUGAAACCCGGCCCUGUAUUAAAGAAACAUGAAGAAAAGUAUAAAUGUGAAAAGUUAUCAAGGUGAAUUCUUUCAGUGCAGGUUCUGCAGAUUAUGUUAUUGUGACUUAAUUGUUAUUGUACCAGUCACGCUGGUUAAACUAUUUGUUUUGAAAGUCGACUUGCUGAUGCAUACGUUUUAUUUAUUCUCGAGAACUGCUGUACUCCAGUGUAAAUAUAUUUUGUAUAUACUCACUGCAAAUGUUUUUGCAAAGUGUUUUUUGCACAUGCUUUGACGUGGAGUCAAAUGUGGUGUGUAUUAACUACAUUUUGACUCAGAUGCUCAGUUUUGUGUUCUGCAGCAUUUUUAGCAUUAGGGGUAAAAUAGUCCCCCAACAGGGGUGUAACGGGUGUUGCACAAGGACCUACUUACAGAUUACAUAAUACAGGAGUGAUGAGUGAAAGUAUUGCUAGAAGUAAAUGUGUUGUCUAGAAGCAAGACACACACUCUUGGUUAUAGUUUAUUUUCUCUUACCUUUAAUUCAGCAUCUAAAUUAUGCUAUUAUAGGGGUAUUGGUAUAUACUCGUUUAGUUAAGAUUGAUAAAGUUUCCAGAGGAAAUUCAUAUUCAUUUGCGCUGAUUCAAAAGGCAGGUAAUUAUUUUCGGUUUUGAAAUAUUCCCACAUUGCGCUGUUUAUCCAUCGACUUCAGCGCAAGCCCUUUCCAGCCUAAAGCAGUUACGAUAGUAUUCCCUUGUUACAUACAUGCUGGUAUUUAAAUGUUGUACCAUUGUAAUGCAGUUCCAGUGUAAUGC